AGAGCGAGAGCGAGAGAGCGGAGAGCGAGAGCGAGAGAGAGAGAGCGAGAGAGAGGAGAGCAGGGAGGGAUGGUCGAGUCCACAUCCUCGCCCAUAAGCUGACUGUCCUCCUGGUCCGCAUCGCCUCGCCGUCGGAGCGGUGAACGUCUGCUUCCCCUUUCAGCCGAUGACACAGAGAAGUCGCGUCCCGCCCUCUGUCCGCCGCGCUGUUCGUCUCCGUCGUGUUUUCAGCAAGGGACUCAGCAUCAUGGCUACAUUAUAAUAUAAAGUAACCGUGUCAACACUGCCUUUCUGACAUCAUCUCAUUGGAUCGCCCACUCACCUCACCAUGAUGGAGUACUGGAGACAGUGCGCUGUGUGGUUGAUCCACUGCAAGGUGUUGCCCGCCACCCACCGGGUCACCUGGGAGUCCGCACAGGUCUUCGACCUGGCCCAGACCCUCCGAGAUGGGGGUCCUCCUGUGCCAGCUUCUCAACAACCUCGACCCCAUUCCAUCAACCUGAAGGAGAUCAAUCUACGGCCACAAGAUGUCACAGUUCCUGUGCCUGAAGAACAUCAGGACAUUCCUAGCGGCGUGCAGUGACAUAUUUGCCAUGAAGAAAAGCGAUCUCUUCGAGGCUUUUGACCUUUUUGACGUCAGGGACUUUGGAAAGGUUAUGGAUGCACUAUCCAAACUGUCCCAUAAAGGAGCUACACUGCAAAAUGGAAUCAGGCCGUUUCCAACAGAGGAGAGUGUUGAGGACCAGGACAUCUACAACCAUCUGGAGGACCUCAUAGAUGAGAACGGCGUGGAGGAUGAAGAGGACCUCUAUGAUUGUGUUUACGAGGAUGAGGAAGGAGGGGACAUCUACGAGGACCUGAUGAAGACGAAUGUCAUCCCUCCGCCGGCCUUCCAGAAACACGUAGAGACGGACAUAAGGAGUUGCUGUCUUGCAGAGAUCAGGCAGACAGAGGAGAAAUAUACAGAGACUCUGGAGUCCAUAGAGAAGUACUUCAUGUCUCCCCUCGCGGUGUUCCUGUCUGCAGUGGAGAUGGAGAAGGUGUUUGUCAAUAUUUCGGAACUUGUUAACUUGCACAAAAGUCUUCUGGUGGAGAUCCAGGACUCAGUGCAACACAAAAGUGCCCAGAACCUUUACCAAGUCUUCGUCACCUACAAAGAGAGGUUGUUGAUCUAUGGACAGUACUGUAGCCAUGUGGAGACGGCCAUCGCUGCCCUGGACAGCAUCUGCAAGGACAAGGAGGACGUCCGCAUGAAGCUGGAGGAGUGCUCCAAAAGAGCAAACUAUGGAAAGUUCACCUUGCGGGACUUGCUGGUCGUCCCGAUGCAGAGGGUCCUCAAAUACCACCUCCUGCUGCAGGAGCUGGUCAAACACACACAGAAUCCCGCCGACAAGAGCAAUCUGCGAAUAGCGCUGGACGCUAUGAAGGACUUGGCCCAGUACGUGAACGAAGUAAAACGAGACAACGAGACACUGCGCGAAAUAGACCAGUACCAGAAGUCCAUCGAAAAUCUGAAUCAACCCCUGAGGAACUAUGGACGCCCGAAGGGAGAUGGAGAGGUCCGUGUCAGCUCAGUGGACAAAAGAGCCAAACAGGACAGACACAUUUUCUUGUUUGAUGCGGCGGUGAUUGUAUGCAAACGGCGGGGGGACAACUACGAGAUGAAAGAAGUGAUCGACCUGCACCAUUUUAAGAUCACAAACAGCCCGACGUCGGAAAAGGAAAACCGCAAGUGGUCCUAUGUCUUCUACCUCACGCACAACCAGGGACAGACUGGCUUUGAGUUCUUCUUCAAGACCAAAGAGCUGAAAAAGAAGUGGCUGGACCAGUUCAGCAUGGCUAUAUCUAACAUCCACCCAGAGAAUGGCACCAGCAACAACCACGAGUUUCGCAUGCACACCUUCGACAGGAUAACGUCCUGUAACUCCUGCCACAUGUUGCUACGGGGUGUUUUCAACCAGGGCUACAUGUGCUCAAAGUGUGGACUUGGAGCCCAUAAGGAAUGCCUCGGCCGUUUUGGCGGCUGUGGUAAAACAGAUCCCGGCUCCAUCAAAACUCAGGUUAAAACACGGAGCAGCACAGAAGAAGACCCUGGUCUGCCGAAGAUGCUGGUCGUCAGGAACUAUUUUGGCAUGCCUAGUCCAACAUCUGGACACCCUCUCACCAUCCACGCCGGCAACAUCAUAGAACUCCUCGACGCAGACAUCCAUAGUCCCUGGUGGCAGGGUAGAAUCCUAACGACGAAGGAGGUUGGGUUCUUUCCAAGUGAUGCUGUCAAGCCGUGCCCAUGUGUUCCAAAGCCUGUCGAUUACUCCGCACAGCCUUGGUUCGCAGGACCAAUGGAGCGAUUCCAAGCAGAAGCAGAGCUGCUCAACCGGGGGAACAGCACCUACCUGGUCCGGCACCGCAGCCGCGAGUCUACCGAGUACGCCAUCAGCAUCAAGUAUAACAACGACGUGAAACACAUCAAGAUCCUGGCCAAGGAUGGCUGCUUCCACAUCGCAGAAAACAAGAGGUUCAGGAGCAUACUAGAGCUCAUCGAGUACUAUAAGCACCACUCUCUGAAGGAGGGCUUCCGCAGCCUGGACACCACCCUACAGUACCCCCACCGGGAGCCUGAGAACCCGGCCGCAGAGCGGAACCCCCGCCAGGCGGGGAAUGUUCUGGCUCCCAAGGUCAUGGGUGUGGCGGUGGCGCGCUACGACUUCAGCUCGAGGGACAUGCGGGAGCUGUCGCUGCAAGAGGGCGACCUGGUCACCAUUUACACCAAGACAGGGGCCAACGGGUGGUGGAGGGGAGAGGUCAAUGGCCGGGUCGGCUGGUUUCCAUCGUCGUAUGUGGAGGAAGGAGAGGAGUGAGAAGGGACAUUAAUGAGGAGCGAGACAAGGUAUUGAUGAAGGACACAAGUGAUGGAGGGAAGUCGAUCCCUGAAAGUUUAAAUGGAAGGAAGCGCACCAGGGAAGAGAGGAAGACGGAGCAGAAGUAGAGCCACAGCGGCGUGCAGCAGCGAGCAGAAGCUCAGCCAGGAGCGCAGAAGACUAAAAGCAGUCAGGAGGCGGUCAUACGUGUGUACCUGAUGCAGAACAUAUGGCUUUGCUUUCUCCCGCAAAGAAUUGACCAACUGCAAAGCACUUAACCCCCUCGACGGAGCCUUCGGGAAAGAAGAGGGAGUACAAAGCACACCUCUAGAGCCAUAUGACUGCAGUGCUCUGAUUGGCUGAAGCCCGGGGUUAUGCUUGUGCCAGCUACUUUAGCUUGUUGCCUACCGACAAUAUUGACCCAGCUGUACAUCCAUGCAUCUAUUCAUUCAUUCAUUCAUUCAUUCAUACAUACAUACAUCUAGCUCUUCCCAGAGUAAAGAGUAGAGGGGCUUAAGGGAAGUUGGGCAAAAAACAAAGGCUUUGAGCCCGAUGCUUUUCCUCCCAGUGGCUUUCCAAAGGGCCAUGGCCUCUGUGUCAGUUGGACCAGCGCUACUGCUUUUGACGAAUCGGUGGGCAGGAUUAUGGGUUUCCUGGCUCAUCUCUUUAUUGAUGAUCCUACGAAUUAUCCACAGAAAUACUGAGUCCGACCGUCUCUUCAAAAUCACAAGGACACACAAAUACACACACACCCACACACACAAACACACGCACACAAACACAUACACAAUCUAUUACAUGUAACUACUUUUGACUUUUAAUUCAACCAUAGUUUACCUCAUCAAUAACUAGGGUAUAAGAAAUAAUAAUAUUUACAUGUUAAUGUUAUAAGAUGUUCCUUUACUUCAACAGAUGGUUUACUAAACAGAUUUCAAAAGUAUACAAUGGUGGCACACUAUGCCAGGAUUUGGUGUGAAGACAUCUCUCUGAGCUAAUGCCUAGCUGAUCAUUUAAUUUUCUACUCAUGUAUGCUUUGUGCAAAGCUCUUCCUCCCCCCCAACGCUGUAUUUAUAACCUCCUUAUACAGAUGUGCUGUGAAGAUGGGCUAUUUUGUAUUCAGGAUGGUGCUGUUAUGUCAGAAAGAAGAAAACAAGUGGGACGACAAAGCCUUCUGAUCUUCUUAAAAGUAGCUUUGAUGUCAUUGUGUAGCCAGAGAGUGCCAGCAUGUGUUUUUGUCGAAUGUUCUUUAUAUUGCAAUUAACAAAAGAAAGUCAAUGUAUUCCUUUUUUUGAUAUUGUGUUAGUAUGAUAUGAUUCCACAGCACCGAGCAGCACCCUCCUUCAAGGUGCUGUUGUCCGGUAGUACUGUUAUCUGACCACUAGAGGGAAGCAUCCCAAACACAUAUAAAGGUACCCAAAGCCUCCCCAUUGCGUUGUAACGUCACCUGCAAAUGACCUGUAUAUUUUAAAUGUAUUUAUUGGGCUGAGCUGCAAUGUGUUUUUCGUGGAAAAUUGGAUUGCGUUAUGAACUAGAGAAGGAUCGAUGUUGUGUAAUGUUCCUUUAGCCUCUCAGACUACCAUGAACAUUGGUGUUACUAAGUACGUCUAUGCCAGUGCAGUGUUACUCGCGUUGUGGAUCCAGCUGCUCAGGUCUGAAGCGAUUUCUUACAGAAUAUUAUACAUUUUUACUUUCA